AAUUCGGGGUUUUUUGUUUUUACCUGAAAUUAUCCGGGUGUUUUUUUUUCUUUUUAGCGCUCGUGCCGUUUGCGCGACCGUCCGCCGCGUGGCGAAGCAGCUGAAAUUUAAACCCAACUCGUCGAUAAUUUUACAUCUUUUUUUUUCCCGCCCUGUCAAUGAGACAAAGAGGGCAACAAGAUACGAGAGGAGUACAGCUGUGGUGAUGUGGUGUUUCAGGGCUCAUCCUUCGUUUCGCAGGUCAUUCCUUUAACUUGAUGCCGUCGACACCGCCGUCGCCGCUGUUCCGUUCUGGGGGGGAUGUAGCUAAAUGCUGGGAAGCCACUUUUUUAAAGGACCUGAACUGAUGUGACUCAAACAGAGUGUUUUCAUUCCACGGAGCAAUGAGCCUUUAGGAGCCUACACGUCUCGCCAAAGCCUCAGGCUUGUAAAGGAACUGGCCCAGCUCUGCCAUCCUCCCCCUCUAACAUCCCACUGUGUCGCACCACUGCUAUGUCCUUUCCCUGCCGUGCCCAACCCAUGGAGAGUGCACGCCCACCCAGAUAGGAUGCCUGCCUUGCCCAACGCCCUGCAUCCCCUCCUGCCCAUCACCACCUCCUCCUUCUCCUCGCGUGUACCUGCUCUUGCCAACAGUUCCUUGAGGCGCCAGAGGCUCUGCCCUGCCCCAGUCCAACAUGGUGGAUGAGGUAACCACCAUGAAGGAUGAUGUCAUCAACGCCAACACACUGCCUUGGCUGGUCUGCUCGGGUGUGUCCAUCCUGGCCAAUGCUUGGAGCAUCCUUAGCGUCAGUGCCAAGCAGAAAAAGUGGAAGCCGCUGGAGUUCCUCAUCUGCACGCUGGCGGGCACGCACAUCCUCAACAUGGCCAUCCCCAUCACCAUGUACUGUGUCAUAAUGCUGCGCCGCCAGCACUCUAACUACGAGUGGAACGAGGGUCUGUGCAAGGUGUUUGUCUCCACCUUCUACACUCUCACUUUGGUCACCUGCUUCUCCGUCACCUCGCUCUCUUAUCACCGCAUGUGGAUGGUACGCUGGCCUGUAAACUACAGGUUGAGUAACACUAAGAAGCAGGCAGUGCACACAGUGAUGGGCAUUUGGAUGGUCUCCUUCAUCCUGUCCACGCUCCCAGCAGUGGGCUGGCAUGACACCAUCGACCGCUUCUACACCUCUGACUGCAGAUUUAUUGUGACGGAGAUUGGCCUGGGCUUUGGCGUGUGCUUUCUGCUGCUGAUCGGUGGCAGCGUGGCCAUGGGUGUGAUCUGCAUUGGCAUUGCUCUCUUCCAGACCUUCUCCAUUCAGGCGGGCCACAAUGCAGACAAGAACAAAUUCAACGUCCCCACCAUAGUUGUGGAGGAUGCCCAGGGGAAGCGUAGAUCAUCCAUCGAUGGAUCAGAGCCUCUCAAGACGUCGUUGCAGAUCACCUACCUGAUCAGUGGUAUCGUCUUUAUCUACGAUUUCCUGACUGGAUUUCCCAUACUGGUGGUGAGCUUUGCCAGUCUGAAGUUCGACCGCUCCUACGACUGGAUGGUGUUGUGCGUGCUGUGGUGCUCCAUUGCCCAGUCGAUCCUGCUGCCCAUGUUCCUCUGGGCUUGUGACCGCUAUCGGGCUGACAUCCGCAUGGUGUGGGAGAAGUGCGUUGCCAUCAUGUCCAACGACGACGUGGAUGAGGAAAACAGCCAAGAUGGAGGAAUUCAUGCCGACUUAAUAUAUGACAGACCAUAUGACUAUAGCUCGGCGCCUGAAAUCGUGACGGUAGACCGUAAUGCCAAGUAUGAGUUCUCAACCUUAGAAAGGGGGGUUCUGCAAGGUUAUCCAUUGAGGGAACAACAGGAAGAUAAAAUGCAGUAUUUGCAGGUGCCCCCUACAAGAAGAUACUCCCACGACGAAACCGACAUGUGGACCAGCGACCGGAUCCCCUCAUACCUUCACCGAUGGGGCUCCACCGAGGACAUGAUAGUGAGUGCCCACUACAGCUCCACCUUGCCGCGCCACGAGAGGCGCAGGAGCAGCCUGGUCUCCUACCACGAGGAGAGCCACCAUCACCAUCACCCACAUCGCAAGCGGCGGCGCUCUGAGGAUAGUAUGCACUCCCUUAAGCACCUGCCACGCGUGGUAUGUGGUGGGGAGCGCUACGAGGAUGAACUGCGGUGUUUCAGCCGUGAUGAGGUGAUCAACUUUAUAGAUGAGACGCCACUGCCGAGCCCCAGGAAGAGCCCACGGCGCACAUCAACCAUUUCACUUAUCCCUAAUGUGUAUGAACAGCACACAGUCAUCCUUCCUCACUUCCCACUCACAGACUUUGAGCGUGAACCUCAAGCGCUCAGGCGGCUCUCAGAACACAAAAGGAGCAGUAGUCGGGGCAACUCCCCUGAGGGUUCCCCCAAACCAGACAGACCUGGUGGAAAGAAGAGCCCUGGGGCUUGUAGCUCUGGUAAAAGUUACCGGGAGCGUCUGCGAGAUGGGAAAGAGCAGGGUGAACUGGGCUCACCUGGGCGCAGCCAGCAUACUCAUGGGCACUCAACCUGUAGGCCCAGGACAGGCGGAGGAGCUGGUUCUGGGGCUGGUGCUGGAGCUGACUGGGGGCCUCAGAAACACCUAAACAAGACCGAGAGUAAAGGAAGCACAAACAGUUUUGUAAGCACGCCCUCGGCAUCGUCCUCGGGAUAUAUCACCUUUCACUCUGAUUCUGUAGGCUCCACCACCUAAAAGCAAAGUUUUUCCCUUGUUAAUGAUAAUACACAUUAUUACUAAAGUUAUUGUCAUAAGGAAACCCACUGGAAUAUUGGUGGUUAUGGAAAAUUUAUUUGGCCUUUUUACUUGUGCCACUACUCUGUUUUACGAUAUAAACCACUGAUAAAUAUCUGCUAUGCUAAAUGGCCUUGAGUGUUGCGGACAUAUUUUCUGAAUGGGCCUAAUGUUGAUUUAGUAUGUAAGCUGGUGAAAAGGUUGGGUGGUUCUAUUAUUCAGCUUUCACAUCACAAAAUAUCCACUGAGAACACUUUUUGUUUCCAGCACUGACACAAAUAAACUGUUUUUAAAUGGCGUGAACAUUCCCACAUCUUGUUUUUGCUGUUUGAUGUUGUUUCUUAUGAAAUGCUCAAAGAAUUGGAGGAGGUAUAUGUUAGGGUGAUAUUUUUCUCUCUCUUUUUUUUUGUCUUUCCACUUACACCUCAAACUCACAUUGUAUUUUAUUUGUCCAGUAAUGGUUUUGUGUUUUGUUGUAUGGCCACAUUUGCUUUCAAACUAAAGUUUCUUGAAUACACUCCAUACAACUUGAGAUUGACUCAAGGGUUUCCUACAUUAUACAUAUUUAUUUUAUUUUGAUCAUGAUGUACAACUAUUAACAUUGUCACAACACAUGGAAAGGUUUGGUUUUUUAAAACACCCUAUGUUGAAGUAAACUGAGAGUGGUAAUCCCAAACUCUUGAAUGCCUAAUAGUUUUACAGUUUACUGUGUGAGACAUUGAGAUAUAACGUGAAGACCCCAAGAAUUCUUAGUGAAAAUGUGAAGUUAGUUUUGAAAGAUUGAAGAUUGACAUAUUGUUUGUUUGUUUGUUGAUUGUAUAUAUAGAGAAGGAGAAUGGAUUUAUGGUUUUGGUGUUCCUUUUUUGUUUAAUGAGACCAUUGCUUUAAACAUUUCUUCCUAGUUCUUAUUAUUCCAAUGUUUAAGUUAACCCUGGAGAUCAUCAGGCACAACAGUUGCUCACCAAAUGCAUAUUGUCAUACAGAACAACAGCUGGAAAUGGUGCUUUAUUCUCAUCAACUGAGCAUGUCAGUUUGACCUCAUUUCUGAUAUUUGUCUCAGUGACAUAUUAAAAAGCACCAAUAAUCAUUUUUAAAGUUGCUAGCAAAGAGGGGGCCGCUGAAAGGUGUCAAAUGAUCCAAAGGUUGAAUAAUCACAGCCUUCAGGCUGAUUAGAUGUAGCAUAACUUAAAUGCUGGUGCCAUAUUUAAACCCACAAAAAUGUCAGCACAAAUUAUGAACAUAAUGAAUAGAAUAGAAUGAAAAUGGAGUGCAACUGCAAAGUAACAACUUGGAUUAAGUUAUUAUAUUUGGUAUGCUAUCUCAUAACAUAUACUGAGAAAGCUAACCGUCUUAUUUUGAAAGAUUUUUAAGUGUGAAGUGACUUUUUUUAACACCUGAUCUAACAAUGUCCCAUGAAGUAAUGUAAAUGAAAUGUAAAAGAAAUCCCCAAACCCUCAGUAAGGGAUACUGUAGGAAAAUUUUUAUUUUAGACAUAUUAAUUUUGUAUCAAUACAUAUUUGGAGAGACAAUUUGAUUAUUUCACAUCAAAGGUAAGUAUAAAAUGAAAAUAGCAUUACUAUUAUUACUGAAAUGCCCCUAAUGCACCCAAAUUUUGAGAAAUUCUCACAUAGCACACUCAUGCACUCAAAAUGGAUGCUGGAGUGAAGUCUACAAAGCAGCUGACAUUACAAAGCCCACUGUUGAAUUAAAGAAGCACUUCUUGUGUUAAGCAAAUGUGACAGUUUGCUGACCAGAAGGAGUGAAAACAGGAGUAAUAGCAGCACCAACUUUGAGCUUUGACCUCUCAUGGAGAGUAACUGGUAACAUGAAUGUAUCUAUUUGCACAAAUUAGUUGUACGUUCUCAAAGAAAUUUAUUAAGAGUAUAAAGAUAAUAUGGACGAAAAAUAUCCCCUUUGACAGCCUUAUUAGUUGUGAAACCUUUUUGCUAUUACCAUACAAGUAAUAAAGUUGCACGUGUUUGGCAUAUAUGUUUUCACUCAUCCGCAGUCAUUUAAAUGCUUAGUUUGAAUUCUCAUGUAAUAGUGUACCUCUCACUCAUCACAUCCCCCUGUCAAACUUUGCUGUCAUAGAUUUUUGCAUUUUGUUGUGUUUACAAUAUUAAAAUAUAAUUUUGUAACAUAUUCAAGAUUUCAAAGACUCAAAUAUGAAUGAUGUUAAAUGUUAUAAUUUUCUUGUUCAGAUGAUGACUUUGUAAAAAAGAUAUGACUGAUUAAAUUCACAAGAUGAUGCUU